AUGGACCAAUUACGAACAACAUACAAGCACAAAGACAUCGAACCAAUCUAUAUCGGAGGCACAACCGCCACUAUCUCCUCAACCACCCCUACGCAAUACUUAGCCACCCCCUUAAAUGAAGACAUCAUAAUCACCAAUCUCUCCACCAAUGAAAUCAUCCACCGUAUCGAAGGAGAUGGAGAACUCAUCACCCUGGUCAUCAUAACCCCCGAUGGGAAACAUUUAGCCAUCUGUUCUCAAUCUCAACAAUUACGUAUCUUUGACUUAGUUCUUGGAGAAAUCACCAAGACACAUAAAUUACUGGCACCAGUGUAUAUCUCAACCGUCGAUUCUACAUCGAGUUUAUUUGCUUUUGGUGGUUCUGAUGGGGUUAUUACUGUCUGGGACAUCGAAGGUGGGUUUGUCACUCAUUCAUUAAAGGGACAUGGGACUACUAUUUGUAGUUUAAGUUUUUAUGGAGAGUUGAAUUCAUCAGAUUGGAAAUUAGCUAGUGGUGAUACGAUGGGGACGGUUAAGAUUUGGGAUUUGGUGAAGAGGAAAUGUAUUCAUACUAUAAAAGAACAUAAUACUGCUGUUAGAGGUGUUGGGUUUGAUCAAGAAAAUGGAGAGUAUUUCAUAACCGGUGGUAGAGAUAAUAUUGUUGUUAUUUAUAAUAUUGAAAAGAAAUAUAAACCGGUUUUCACAUAUCCUAUUAAUGAACAAAUUGAGGCUUGUGGAUUUAUUACUUUCAGAGGGAGACAAUAUUUCUAUACUGGUGGUGCAUCUAAUAUAUUCAAAUUAUGGGAUAUUAAAUCUGGUGAAGUGAUUGCCCAAUCUCCAACCCCAUUGAAAACCAAUGAAGAAUUGUUAAUCAUCGAUGUCAUAAAAGUAUCCAAUGAUGAUAUCUUCUUAGUCGUAUCUGAUCAAACAAUCGUUCAGCUCGAUUUAUCAUCCACAGACAACCAAGAUAUUCUUCCAAUCACAAAACGUAUCGCUGGUAACCACGGUAUCAUCGCCGAUAUCAAAUACGUCGGCCCUUCAUUCACCCGCUACGCCCUCGCCACCAACUCCCCUGCCCUCCGUAUAAUCAACCCCGACAAACCAUUAGAACUAAAACUCUACGAAGGACACACCGACAUCCUCAACGCCAUCGACGUCAGUCAAGACGGGAAAUGGAUCGCCACCGCAUCCAAAGACAACGAAGCCCGAUUAUGGAAAUUCAACGACACCACGGAAGAUUUCGAACCAUAUGCAAGAUUCACCGGUCAUGCCGGAUCCGUCACUGCCAUCUCAAUCUCGAAAUCAGAUACAACCCCUCGUUUUAUCAUAACCGGAUCCAGCGAUCUCACCGUCAAGAAAUGGAAAAUCCCAUCCAUACCUAACCAAGUGGUAAAAUCGGCAGAAUAUACAAGAAGAGCCCAUGAUAAGGACAUAAACGCCCUCGAUAUCUCUCCUAAUGAUGAAUUCUUCGCCACGGCCUCAUAUGAUAAACUAGGCAAGAUCUGGAAUUGUGAAACCGGGGAAACUGUUGGUGUUUUAAGGGGACAUAAACGUGGUCUUUGGGAUAUUAAUUUUUAUAAAUUUGAUAAAUUGAUCGUAACCGGUUCUGGAGAUAAGACCAUAAAAGUGUGGAGUUUGGUUGAUUAUUCGUGUAAGAAGACAUUUGAAGGGCAUACUAAUUCGAUCCAACGAGUUAGAUUUUUUAAUUCCCAAUCACCACAAUUGGUGAGUUGUGGUGCUGAUGGAUUGGUGAAGUUGUGGGACUAUAAAUCCGGAGAAGUUUUGAAAAGUUUGGAUAAUCAUGAGAAUAGGAUUUGGGCAAUGGAAAUCAAGGGCGAUGGAGAGGAGUUUGUGACUGCGGAUGCGGAUGGGAAGGUGAGUAUAUGGGAAGAUAAUACCGAGGAGGAGAUUAAGCUUAGAGAAGUGAUGAAUAAAGAAAGAAUUGAACAGGAACAGAAUUUAUCUAAUUUUAUUAAGAAUAGAGAUUGGGCAAAUGCAUUUUUGUUGGCUUUGACUUUAGAUCAUUCAAUGAGGUUGUGUAAUGUGCUUAAAGAAAGUAUUUCAUAUAAUGAAGAUCCUGAAUCACCAAUCGGGUCCUUACAAUUAGAAUCUAUCAUUGGUAGUUUAGAUAAUGAUCAAAUUAUGAAAUUAUUUAAAAAAAUUAGAGAUUGGAAUGUUAAUUUUAAAUUAUUUGAAAUUAGUCAGAAAUUAUUAACAGUUAUAUUGAAGAGUUUUGCCGUGGAGAAGUUGAUUGAGAUUCCUGGGUUAAUGAAGAUUAUUGAUAGUAUUAUUCCUUAUAAUGAAAGACAUUUUGUUAGAAUUGAUGAUUUGAUUGAACAAACUUAUGUAUUGGAUUAUGCUGUUGAACAAAUGAAUAAACUUAUAGCUUAA